UGAUAAGCCAGUUAGCCACGCCCCCUGAGGAACUUCCGCAUUGUGAGCAGGUGGACCAACAACAACAACAACCACAAGUUGAAAACAUCACAAAACAAUCGCCUGGAUCCCCCAUCUUACACCUAAAGCAGCAUGAAGGUGAGAAAGGUGGAGAAAAGGGUGGACAGCGUGGAGCAGUCUGAAGGUGUGGGCGCCCGUGUCCGCAGAAGCAUCGGUCGGAAGGAGCUGCAAAACUUGGAUCCAUUUCUGAUGUUGGACGAGUUCCGCGUGAACAAGCCAGGUUUCCCAGACCACCCUCACCGAGGCUUUGAAACGGUGACCUACGUGUUGGAGGGGGUCCUGGCCCACGAGGACUUCUGCGGACACUCAGGGAGACUCCAGGCAGGAGAUCUGCAAUGGAUGACUGCAGGGCGGGGAGUGGUCCAUGCAGAAAUGUGCGCCUCUGAGGAGACCUUGGCGGGUCUGCAGCUGUGGGUCAACUUGGCCAAGAGAGACAAGAUGGUGGAACCUGCCUACCAGGAGCUGCUGGCCUCAGACAUACCCAAACCCUCCCAGGGAGGAGUCACUGUGGCCGUCAUCUCUGGAGAAGCCCUUGGCGUUAAGUCUCCGGUCUUCACCAGGACCCCGACCAUGUACCUGGACUUUGUGCUGCAGGCAGGAGCCCAGCACCAGCAGCCGGUCCCUGCAGGAUGGACCGCCUUCAUUUACACUUUAUCAGGAUCACUUCAUGUCGGCCCAGUUGAGUCGCAGCAGGAAGUAGCAGCUCAUCACACACUUUUGUUUGGAGAUGGAGAUUGUGUCAUGUUACACAACAAGGGGUCUGAGGUGUCACGGUUUGUUCUGGUGGCAGGAGAACCCAUAGGAGAAGCGGUGGUCCAGCACGGGCCGUUUGUGAUGAGCUCGCAGGAAGAGAUCCUGCAGGCUGUCAGAGACUACACCACUUAUUCGAAUGGCUUCCAACGUGCUCUCAAGUGGACAUCUAGCAUCUCACACUCCUCAUAGCACACCCAUGCGAUAUCAGGACUCAUACACACUUGUAUCAUUUAGUAGUGAAUGUUUGACCAAGUAAAACUAGUCAAACAGACAACAAUACUAACUAUGAAAAACAUAUUUAUUAUUAACUGUCUGGAAUGGACUUAUGCUGUCUUGAAGUUGAAGUGGAGUGGUUAUUAUUUUUUGUUUUGUGUGACAGCGAGUCACCACAAUCAUUUAUGAAGUUAAGCUAGUAAGUAGUAAGUUGAAUGAUGCGGACACGUUUGUUACUGGGUACUUUAGACUUUGUGUGUGUAGUAAUAUGUAACUAUAAUUAUUUGAUACUUGUUUAUAUUGACUAAUGUUUAAUUGUUCAAUGAUUAUGACCUACAGUAUGUCUAGCUUGUGUGCUUAGCUGUUGUGUAGCUGCUCGCUCCUAUAGCCUAGCAUGUUUACCUUUUGUAAAUGACUUUAGUCAAAUAGAAUAAAUGUUGUGUUUAUUGGACAACAUUUAGAUAUUGAUUUUUUUUUCUUCAAAUGAUGGUUUCAUUUUAACAAUAGUACAUCAUUUUUUUCCUCAUUAAAUUAUCACAUUUCAUUCCCACAAUUCUACAUUUUUAAUUUCAUUGUUUUAUUUUAUUAAUUCAACAAUAAGUCUCUUAGAAUAUCAUUAUCACUGGAGGAUGAGAACGAGCUAAACAUGCCACACUACACACCAUAGGAGGACAUGCUAACUGCUAAACUAGUGCGGACACAAAUAUCGACAGUAAUGAUACCAAGUAUAGUAUCAGUGUAUGGUCGAUAUUUUUUAUUUUCACAAAAUCGUUUUGGGUAUUGGGUUGAUAUCCAAAAUUCGUAGUAUCCCCCAAAACGUAUGUUAAGUAUCAAACAAGUGCUCAUCACAUUUGAACAGAAGUGUGGAUAAACAUGUUAAAACAGGAAGUAGACAAAUAUAAACAUGAUAAAACAGGAAGUAGACAAAUAUAAACAUGUUAAAACAGGAAGUAAACAAAUAUAAACAUGUUAAAACAGGAAGUAAACAAAUAUAAACAUGUUAAAACAGGAAUUAAACAAAUAUAAACAUGUUAAAACAGGAAGUUAACAAAUAUAAACAUGUUAAAACAGGAAGUAAACAAAUAUAAACAUGAUAAAACAGGAAGUAAACAAAUAUAAACAUGUUAAAACAGGAAUUAAACAAAUAUAAACAUGUUAAAACAGGAAGUUAACAAAUAUAAACAUGUUAAAACAGGAAGUAAACAAAUAUAAACAUGAUAAAACAGGAAGUAGACAAAUAUAAAUAUUUUAAAACAGGAAGUAGACUCAUAUUAACAUGUUAAAACAGGAAGUAGACACAUGUUAACAUGUUAAAACAGGAAGUAGACAAAUAUUAACAUGUUAAAACAGGAAGAAGACAAAUAUUAACACAUAAAAACAGGAAGUGAACAAAUAUGAAGAUGUUAAAACAGGAAGUAGACAAAUAUAAACAUGUUAAAACUGAAACUAAACAAAUAUUGACAUGUUAAAACAGAAAGUGAACAAAUAUUAACAUGUUAAAACAGGAAGUAGACAAAUAUAAACAUGUUAAAACAGGAAGAAGACAAAUAUUAACACGUUAAAACAGGAAGUAAACAAAUAUGAAAAUGUUAAAACAGGAAGUAAACAAAUAUAAACAUGUUAAAAGAGAAAGUGAACAAAUAUAAACAUGUUAAAACAGGAAGUAGACACAUAUAAACAUGUUAAAACAGGAAGUAGACACAUAUAAACAUGUUAAAACAGGAAGUAGACAAAUAUUCACAGUCAACGAACAAGUUAUCAACCGUCUGGAAUGGACUUAUGCUGUCUUUAAGUUGAAGUGGAGUGGUUAUUGUUUUUUUUGUUGUGACACCUAGUUACCAAAACAAUUUAUGAAGUCAAGCUGGUAAGUAGUAAGUUGAAUGAUGCGGACACGUUUGUUACGGGGUACUUUAUAACACUGCCUUGGAGACUUUGAAUGUGUAAGUAAAAUGUAACUAUAAUUAUUUAAUAAUUAUAGUUUAAUUGUUCAAUGAUUAUUACUUAUGUCUAGCUUGUGUGCUUAGCUGUCGUGUUGACUUAUUUUUUAAAUAUUUAUUAUUGUUGCAAUAUUAGUAACAUUCAUGAUUUUUUUUUCAUGAUUUCUGAUCGUUUGUGGGGGCACCAGAGGUACUUUUGUCUGUGUUUUUGUUUGUUCAUUAAAAUAUGGACUUUG